AUGGAAUCAGGAAAUCAAACCCACAUUUCAGAGUUUAUCCUCCUGGGACUGUCAGAAGAGGUAUUACUGCAGCCUUUCCUCUUUUGGCUCUUUCUGUUCAUGUACCUGAUCACCUUCUUUGGGAACCUUCUCAUUAUCCUGGUCAUAAUCACUGACUCCAACCUCCACACACCCAUGUACUUAUUCCUCUUCAACCUGUCCUUUGUAGACAUCUGUUUCACCUCCACCACCAUCCCAAAGAUGUUGUGGAACAUCCAAACUCAGAGCCAAGUUAUCACCUAUGAAGGCUGCCUCUGCCAGAUGUUUUUCUUCAUGCUUUUUGGGGUAUCAGACAACAUCCUCUUGAUAGUCAUGGCUUAUGAUCGGUUUGUAGCCAUCUGUCAUCCAUUGCACUACAUGAUCAUUAUGAACCCUAAGUUCUGUGGCAUCCUGCUUCUGGUAUCCUGGUUACUGAGUGUCCUUGACUCUCUGUUACAUGGCUUAAUGAUUUUGCGGCUCUCUUUUUGCACAGAAUUGGAAAUUCCUCACUUUUUUUGUGAACUUAAUCAGGUGGUUCAACUUGCUUGUUCUGAUACCUUCCUCAAUGACCUGAUGAUAUAUUUUGCGACUGGACUUCUGGUUAUUGUUCCACUCACUGGUAUCCUUUUCUCUUACUCUAAGAUUGUAACCUCCAUUUUGAGAAUUUCAUCAACAGGAGGUAAGUAUAAAGCAUUUUCCACAUGUGGGUCUCACCUCUCAGCUGUCUCCUUGUUCUAUGGUACAAGCCUUGGAGUGUAUCUUAGUUCUGCUGCCACACAAAACUUCAGGACAACUGCUAUAGCCUCAGUGAUGUACACUGUGGUCACGCCCAUGCUGAACCCUUUUAUCUACAGUCUUAAGAACGAGGACAUAAAGCAAGCCCUUAAAAAACUCUUAACCAGAGAAACAUUCUCAGCAUGUUGGGAUUACUUGUCUGAAGACAGAAACUUGUUCAUGAGUAACAGUUCUCAAAACCCUAGAAGACCUAAAUCAUGA